AUGGGGGCUCGAUCUCGCUCAGGGUGCUUGUCCUGUCGGCGUCGCAAGAAAAAAUGUGACGAGACGAAGCCGAUCUGCGCGGCUUGCCUGCGCAAUGCCCUCAACUGUGUCUGGCCAGACACAAGCCCGCUAAAAGCAAUCUCCGAGGUAGUGUCAAUUCCGCAACAGCAAAUGCAAACGUUCUCUGCCCGCCCCGUACCUGCAUCUAACGCGUGGGCCCUUACUAUUGGUGCCCCCAGGGACCUGCCAAUCGUGACUAUCCCUGCUUCCCCAUCCAAUUUUCCUCUGUUAGGAUCGGCGGCUUCGGGAUCGGAGACAUGGAGACUACUGGAUCACUACUUGAAAGAUACGGCAAACCGCCUCGCAUGUCUUCAGGAUAGCGAAAAUCCGUUUCUUCAUACAAUCCUGCCGGUUGCGCUCGGCGAUGAACUUGUAAUGAAUUCAAUCCUGGCCCUUUCGGGAGUCCAUAUGAUGCAACGGCUUCCCCAGUUGAACCUCGAAAUGCAGUCCUUGACCUGGUCUCGGUAUACUCGAGCAUUACAGCAACUCAGGAUAGACUUGUCAGAGACUCUCAAUGACGCCAGUAACGUAGAUGCUGCCUGGCGUGCUUUGCUAGUUGUCUUAAUAUUCUAUCUUCUAGAGGCCACGAGGGGUAAUGACCCAAAAGCCAUGCAGCGACAUCUAGAUGGGGCUCAUCAUCUAAUGGCUCAUGUGCUACGCUCCACUGAAACGCCCACCCAGCCAAGUAUUGUAUCGUUCGCGACCGAACUUUAUGUAUACAAUGCUGCUCUCGCAUCGUUUACUACGAACUCUCCGCCUGCCCUGAUCAUGUCCCCUAGCAUGGGGCUGAAUGGCUUUGGUAGCACAGACCGCGAAAUCGGUGUCCUAUGUGGCUGCGCCUACGAGCUUUUCACCUUGGUGCCACACGUCUCAGCACUUCUCCGAAACUCCGCCUCCUGCGACUCGUCGAUGACAUCCAGCAAAGAAGGUCUGACGAUGGAGUACUUGAACAUUAGAGGACAGAUUGAGAACUGGAAACCUCGCAGCAAUCAGCGAGAGUUGGUGCUUUGUGCAGAGCUUUAUCAGCAGAGUCUAUUAUUGCUCCUGGAUUACCGCUUUGCCAGCGAGUCAACCGACGAUAUCGUUGAUAACGCAUUUUGGAAGCUCAACUCGAUCAUAUCUCAGUUGCCUCCAAACUCCCCCAUCGCAACGACAGCAAACUGGCCACUUUUCGCUUUCGGGAUUCAUGCUCGAAAAUCCUAUCAUAGAGAGAUAAUUCGGUCAUAUCUACAAUCACUUGUCGAAUUCUUUGGGAUGGGAGUGAUGUCAACGGCGCUCAGGCAGCUUGAAGAGCUUUGGAUGUCGGAGCCUGGUCAGGAUGUGAUUAGCAAGUUCUUUACGAACCAGAACGAACUGCUAUUGAUAUGUUGA